AAUGAUUUGUUGCUUUUAUAGCAUGUGUACAGACUUGAUGUUGGGGACCUGGCUGUAGCAGCCUAUGGUUCUCAUAUCAGGAUUUUUUCCCCUUAAGCUGAAGCUGAGUAGGGGCACUCUGCCUCACAACUUUUCAGUUACCUGCUUAGCUAUGUUUUUGUUGUGGUUUGUACAAAAUGGUGCUGUAGGAAGCUGUGAUUGUGUUAUAAGGCUAAAUUUUAUAUUAGGUAGUAUGAUUUAAUGAAGCAGAUUCUCUUUUUGGACUAUGCAGUAUUAAUGUAUUCAAAAAUACAAGCUAAAAAUUACAGGUCAGAAAGGUUGUCCUGGGAGCUUCAUCAUUGGGGGUACUCUAGUUUUUAUUUAUUGCAGGAAAUGUAGCAUACAAACUUUGCAUUAAAGGAAAUACUGUAACCUUGAUAAACUAAAUUACUUUGUCCACUAGGUGUCCGUAGUUCCUAGCAGGAUGAAGCCUAAAAGGAUGCUACAUGAUGGAGCUUCAAAGUAGCCAGUAUUUGUGAUUACAGGCUUCUUAGUUUUUCUUUUUCUUAGUGUUUUUAAAUUACAUCCUAGGGUUUUUUAAUAUGUUGACCCCAAAUGCAAUUUUGCUUUUUCUUUGAGCCUGUUUUACGUAUUUAUUUCUCUCGUACCUUCCAAACAACAAAGUAUUUUUUUCUGCCAACUUCACAAGACUUACUUCUAUCUCUGUGUUAUUGAAAAAAAUAGCAAGGAUGAGUUAAAUACAUUGAGGAAGCAUGAAACUAGGUUUCAGCUGUUCAGAGCUACAUAAUAGCAUUUAAUAAUUCUGUUCCUAUUGUUCAUCUCUCUUUCUUUUUUUGUGGUUAGGGUUCUAAGUUUGGAAUUAAAUAAAGAUAGAGAUGUGGAAAGAAUACACGGAAGUGGUAUCAACACCCUUGAUAUUGAGCCUGUUGAGGGAAGAUAGUAAGUAUAUACUUCGGUUGGUAAAAAUGUACAUAAGUAAUUAAUUGUGUUUUGGUACUAUGGAUUUUGUGUCUUGUUGAACACUAUUAUAUUGCUCAUAUUGAGAUUAUGAGCGUUUUAACUUUUGUGCUUUAUGAACACUUUCAGCAUGUUAUCUGGUGGAUCAGAUGGCGUUAUUGUACUUUAUGACCUUGAAAACUUGAGCAGGAAACCAAGUUAUACAUGUAAAGCACUUUUUUCUGUCGGAAGCCUGCAGAUAUAUUUCACUUUGAGGGAACAGUCUAUAGCCAUCACAUGUCUCCAGUUGCUACAAAGCAUUGUUUAAUAGCAGUUGGUACCAAAAGCCCCAAAGUACAGCUCUGUGACUUGAAGUCUGGAUCCAGUUCUCACAUUCUGCAGGGUCACAGACAAGAAGUAUUGGCAGUGUCUUGGUCCCCACGUCACGAAUAUAUUUUGGCAACAGGAAGUGCUGAUGGUAGAGUAAAAUUAUGGGAUGUGAGGAGAGCUUCUGGGUGUCUGAGUACACUUGAUCAGCACAAUGGGGAAAAGUCCAAAGCAUCUUCUGAGGCAGCAAAUACUGCUCACAAUGGGAGAGUUAAUGGUUUAUGCUAUACAAAUGAUGGACUUCAUCUACUAACCAUUGGUACAGAUGAUCGGAUGCGACUCUGGAACAGCUCCACUGGAGAAAAUACCUUAGUGAACUAUGGCAAAGUCUGUAAUGAAAGUAGGAAAGGACUCAAAUUUGCCAUCUCUUGUGGCUGUAAUCCAGAGUUUGCCUUUGUUCCAUUUGGAAGUACCAUUGCUGUUUAUACAGUUUUCACAGGAGAACUGAUAACUAUGCUUAGAGGGCAUUAUAGUACUGUCAACUGCUGUGUAUUUCAGCCUCAUUUUCAGGAACUUUAUAGUGGUAGCAAAGACUGCAAUAUCCUUGCAUGGAUACCAGCUCCACGAGAACCAGUUCCUGAUGAUAUAUCUGAAAAGUCUCUGCCUCAACAGCAUUUAAAUCCAGCAUAUGAAGACGCAUGGAGCAGCAGUGAUGACGAAGGCUGAAUUUAAAUUAUGAGGUGAUAUAAAAUUGCCAUUCAGGCACUGCAUUCACAGACUUUAUCUACAGAAUUUAACAUUGUUGGAUUUAUCACAACUGGAUUUUAGGUACAGUUCUGUUAGAGCAAGGUCUUUCAGAAAUAAGUUUCCACUGUUCUCUCUGUUUUUUCAUCACUGUAAAGUUAAAUCCAAAGGAUUACUUUUUCAUACUUGCCGACUUUUGUACUUACACCUUGGUAUACUUUAUUCAGUGUUGAACAGCUGAUAAAGAAAAAAUAAAAGCCCUUGGGACCACUCAAAA